AUGUUGUUCUUUUUAUUGACGAUUGUUCUCUCAAUAUCCACUCACCCCACAAUUGCCGUUGAUCAGUACGCUAAAGAUGGCGAUUUUCCCUUUGAGGUGGCCAUUCUGUAUCAAGGCAAAUAUGUGUGUGCUGGAGCCAUAAUAGUGCACGAUUUUGUGGCAACAGCAGCCCAUUGUGUGAAAGAGAAAAAUUACCGCUACCUAAGAGUUCUAACGGGUACAGUGCAUGGCGCCAAGUUUUUCGAUGAAAAUAUCAAAAUAAUAGAUCGCAUCUUAGUGCAUCCACGUUAUACACCCAGCACCAGAGAUUUUGAUAUAGCCCUGAUUAAACUAAGAGAUCCCGUAAGAGCUACGAAUGUCGUUGAUAUCAUAGAGCUGCCUGAUCCGGAUUAUGAAAUAGAAGGCGGCACCGUGGCUACCCUAAUCUACUGGGAUUUCAGAGAUGGCGCUAGAUUAUCGUAUGUUGAUGUUGAGCUGUGGGGUCAGGAUAACUGUACGGCGCUGAAUAUUUGGGGUGAAUAUGAUUACAAUAGGGAAGUACCCUUAACCAGUGAGAAUACAUUUUGUGCCAGCAUACCUCCCGGAUCGUGUAUUAAAAACGAUGCUGGUUCAUUGGUGGUGGAUAAUAAAUUACUGGGUAUUGUGUCAUGGAAUGAAUAUUGCAAUUCAACUAGAAUACCAUUGGUAUUUUCGAAUAUGGCCAUUUAUGAGGAAUGGAUUAAUCGUAUUUGGAAUGAUGAAGAUAAAUAUUUGGGUUAA